AUGGGUGCUGCUGCUCAAGUUUUCUUGACUUGUCUUAGCUGUGAAAUAGAAAUCCUACAAGCAAAGAAUGUAGAAUUCAAGUCCCAUGGGAGACUCUUUGUUAGAUACUACAUCUCUGCAGGAAACAACAAAAGAAUCCAACUGAACAGCCAAGAAAUCUCUGCAAAGUCCAACCUCUUUUGGAACGAGUCCUUCUCACUGGAUUGUUUAGGCACUGAAGACUCCAUCGACAACCUAAAGCAAGAAACUGUGGUUUUCGAGCUAAGAUGGAGAAACAGUAGAAAUUCAAUCCUUGGUAAAAUAGGAGGGUCACAACUCCUAGGCAGAGCUGAGGUUCCAUGGAAAACAGUUCUUGAGUCACCAAACUUGGAAAUGGAAAAGUGGGUCAUGAUGGUUCCAAAGAAGGGCAGUGUUCCUGAUGAUAUCAAGCCUCCUUCAGUGCAAAUAGGUAUGAGAGUUAGAGUUCCAGCAAUGGCAGAGAUGGAGAAGAAGAAAAAGAGAAAUGGGAGGCUAAAGAAGCUGGAUGAAUGUGGUUGUUGCAAGGAUAGUGGAUGCAGAUGCGAAGAUUAUGAUAUUAUUGCCCUAGUGGGUGCUUUCGAAGCACUAUAA